CCCAAUUAAAAAUAUCGUGUAUAGAAAACAGUCAAGUCAACAACUAUAGCAAGGGGCAAAACCGUAAUUUCACAACAAGCAACUUGCUCGGUUUUUUCGUUAUCACCACUCACAUGAACUCUGCAUUAAAAACUCUAUCUCUCUCAAAUCGAAAGGCACAGCCCAACUUUUCGCAAGUCGCUGUAAAGUUUGAUUUGCUUCUUUUUAUAUACACACAUACUUCUCCUCCAUACACUUUCCUCUUCAAUCCUCAGUUUUUUUUCUAAGCCCUAAUACCAUCUCAAAGAAGAGAUCAAGAUUUGAAAUCAAGAAGACACCAUUACUCAGAUCAACAUGCUUGCCGUUCACCGUCCUUCUUCCGCCGUAUCAGACGGAGAUUCCGUUCAGAUUCCGAUGAUGAUCGCGUCGUUUCAAAAACGUUUUCCUUCUCUCUCACGCGACUCCACGGCCGCUCGUUUUCACACACACGAGGUUGGUCCUAAUCAGUGUUGCUCCGCCGUUAUUCAAGAGAUCUCCGCUCCAAUCUCCACCGUUUGGUCCGUCGUACGCCGCUUUGAUAACCCACAAGCUUACAAACACUUUCUCAAAAGCUGUAGCGUCAUCGGCGGAGACGGCGAUAACGUUGGUAGCCUCCGUCAAGUCCACGUCGUCUCUGGUCUCCCCGCCGCUAGCUCCACCGAGAGACUCGAUAUCCUCGACGACGAACGCCACGUCAUCAGCUUCAGCGUUGUUGGUGGUGACCACCGGCUCUCUAACUACCGAUCCGUAACGACCCUUCACCCUUCUCCGAUCUCCGGGACCGUCGUUGUCGAGUCUUACGUCGUUGAUGUUCCUCCAGGCAACACAAAGGAAGAGACUUGUGACUUCGUUGACGUUAUCGUACGAUGCAAUCUUCAAUCUCUUGCGAAAAUAGCCGAGAAUACUGCGGCUGAGAGCAAGAAGAAGAUGUCUCUGUGAUGAGUCUUUGUCGUUGUCGGGUAGUUUCGUUAGAUCCGACGUCGUUUUCUAGAUUUUUAGCCGUCGUGUGAUCUAUGUUUUUUCGGCUUAUGUGUGAAAAAAAAGUUACAUUAGUGAAUUAAUCUCUCAUGCAUAUCAUAAUCCUUCUUUUAAUUUUUGUAUUUUACAUAUCCCAUAAAGAACCGAUUUGGAUAGCCCUAUUCCGGCUUUCACCACCCAAAGAUAAUAAUAUUCAAACUGAAAGAAUGUGGUUGUGUUGUCCGCUAAUUAAAAGUGUGAUUUUCAAGUUUAAUUAAUCUUGUUUUUCUAUAGUUUCAUCAGAAAAAGCGUAAAUGAAAUGGUACAAUAUGAUGUUCGACUCGGAUGUAUAUUAACUCGUUACAUUGAGUUGUUGGCCAUCUAAUGUGUGUAGAUAAAUUUACGUACGUAUAAACAGCUUUUGUGAAAUUCGACGAUUUUUCUUAAAGGCAACUUUAAAUUUG